AUGUACAUGUCAUUUCUGAGAGGUACCAAUGGUACCGCUGCCACUGCCACUACUAGCAAAUUAUUAAGAAGAGCAAAUAAUCAUAUAUCAACUCAAAACAACAACAACACUAAAUCGUUAUAUCUGUUAAAUACUGCGGUUGUAAGAUUUCAGUCUUCAUUUAGUUUCAGUAGCAAUACCAAAUUAUUACAAAAUCAACAGCAGACAUCUAAGAAGUCAGGUUCUUCAUCUGAUACAGUUACAACCAAUACUAAAGACACAGCAAAUAAUGCUGCUACAAACAUCUCUUCUCAUAAUAUUGCUCCCACUUUAACUAAAUGUGUUAAAGUUAACAUAAACAAGAAGAGAAAAGAUUAUUCUUGGAUACCUAGGGUCUCAAAUACUGAUAUUUUAUCCAGAAAUGAAAUAUUUAAGGAAUCUUUGUAUUGUGGGUAUAGACCAUUAUUUCUGGUACACGAAAAAAUAGAAGCUAGUGUCAAGAAUAAACUUACGAAGAACAAAGCUAAAUCUAAUCACAAUGUUUCAUUUUUUAAAGAGAUAGAAGUUGAUUUAGGACUUAAUAAUGAUUCUAAAAAUAAUGAUAACAUAGUUGAAUUUGCUUUGAAGUUAGAAAAACAGUUAACUCCGUCGGUUCCAUGGAUUACUUCGGCUACUGGAUUGGAAUAUUAUCCUGAAUGGGAUCAAUUUAGUGAACAGGAUUUGAAAGGUGUUGUUCCUUUUCUACCACCACCUAAUAAGAGUUUAGAUAAUGUGAUAAGUACCAACCAGGUGGUAGCUAAUAAUGAACUAGAUGGAACAAGUGAUAAAGACGCUUUAGAAACCUUGAAAAUGGCGACUUUUGAGAACGAGAAGAAAAAAUUAUUGAGUAGGGAUAAAGGUAGAAAAAAAUCAAUUUUAAGCCUAAUGAGAUUAAAAAAGAAACUAUUCAACUAA